CGUGUGCCACGAGCUGGACCCAGAGCGAACAGGCGCGUGCCGAUCCGUCCUCCUUCUCCCAGCAGCUCAGAUACCCGUGACAUGGACGUGGACAGCAGCAGCAGCUGUGACUUCUUCUCGCUCACCGACGACGAGGACUCCUGCUGCGGCUCGCGCGCCGCCUUUCCCGCGCCCGACCCGCAGCCGCGGAAGCGGCGCCGCGGGCGCGCGCGCACCGACGCCACCGUGCAGGUGGUGAAGAAGAACCGGCGGCUGAAGGCCAACGACCGGGAGCGGAACCGCAUGCACAACCUGAACGACGCGCUGGACGCGCUGCGCGGGGUUCUGCCCGCCUUUCCGGACGAGACCAAACUCACCAAGAUCGAGACUCUGCGCUUCGCGCACAACUACAUCUGGGCGCUGUCGGAGACCAUCCGCAUCGCGGACCUGCAGGGCGGCAAGUCCGCGGACGGGCCGCCGCUGCUGAGCCCGGCCCCGAGUCCCGGCAGCGACUCCUGGACCUCCGGUGGCUCGCCCUCGUCCUCCCCAGCGUACUGCGCCUCCAGCCCGGGCAGCCCCGCCGUGCCAGAACGCUUCGGAUACGUGCACGCGGAUGCGCUCUGCCGCUUCCGCGGCUUAGUGCCGCGUGUCUACUGACGGAGAAGUGAUCCGGAUCAGACUG